UCUUCUUCUUAUUCUAAUUAUCCUUAAAGUCAGUAAACUCCCGCUUUUUGAUGCUGUCCUCACGGAGGUUUGAGCCAAUAACGGACUUAUUGGUCGGCUGAACCAUGCAGAGGCUGCUGCUCCUGAGUUUGCUGUUGAGUUUUCAAACUGUGUGGACAGCGAGGUUCUCUCAGGAGCCGGCAGACCAGUCGGUGGUGCGGGGCCAGAGGGUGAUCCUGUCCUGCGUUGUCUUCAACUACUCGGGCAUUGUUCAGUGGACCAAAGAUGGCCUGGCUCUGGGCAUCGGAGAGGACCUGCGGGCCUGGCCCAGGUACCGUGUGCUGCGCGUCCAGGAGCUGGGCCAGUACAACCUGGAGAUCCUGUCAGCUGAUCUGUCUGAUGACUCCCUGUACGAGUGCCAGGCCCCUGAUGCCGCCCUGAGGUCCAGGAGGGCCAAGCUCACCGUCCUCAUCCCCCCGGACGACCCGGUGAUCGACGGGGGUCCGGAGGUGUUGCUGAAUGCGGGGGAAUCCUACAACCUCAGCUGCGUGUCCCGAGGGGCUAAACCACCCUCGAUGAUCGAGUGGCUUAAAGAUGGCCUGCCUGUGGACGGGGCUGUCAGUGGCACCGAGGUGCUCCAAGACAGGAAGAGGGUGACCACACGCAGCUACCUGCCCAUCCAUCCCAUCGACACUGACACUGGGAGGAACUACAGCUGUGUGGCCACCAACCUGGCUGUCCCCACUGGCAAAAGCACAACUGUGACCCUCAACGUGCACCAUCAACCAACAGUGACCUUGUCCAUUGAGCCUCGCUCUGUCCUGGAGGGGGACAGAGUCACCUUCACCUGCCAGGCUCACGCCAACCCUCCUAUUAUGGGCUACAGGUGGGCUAAAGGUGGCGUGGUGCUGCAGGGCGCCAGGGAGAGCGUGUUCACCACCAAGGCCGACCACUCCUUCUUCACCGAGCCCGUCUCUUGUCUGGUUUUCAACGCCGUGGGAAAGACCAACGUCAGCAUCCUCGUGGACGUUCACUUCGGUCCGAUCCUGUUGGUGGAGCCUCAGCCAAAAACCGUAGAUGUUGACUCUGAUGUCACCCUUAACUGCAAAUGGGCUGGAAACCCUCCUCUCACGCUCACCUGGUUCAAAAAAGGUUCAAACAUGGUUCUGAGUAACAGCAACCAGCUGUAUCUGAAGUCAGUGAGCCAGGCGGAUGCCGGCCAGUAUGUAUGUAAGGCCAUCGUCCCACGGAUUGGAGUAGGAGAGACUGAGGUCACGCUCACUGUCAACGGUCCUCCUAUCAUCUCCAGCGAUCCGGUCCAGUAUGCAGUGAGAGGCGAGAGGGGAGAGGUGAAAUGCUACAUUGCAAGUACACCUCCUCCAGAUAAGAUUGUGUGGGCGUGGAAGGAGAACGUGUGGGAGAAGGAGAAGGGGACGCUGCUGGAGAGGUACACAGUGGAGCAGAGCAAACCGUCGGCCGAAGGCGGCGGCGUCCUCUCCACCCUCACCAUCAACAACGUGAUGGAGUCCGACUUCCUGUCCACCUACAACUGCACGGCCUGGAACGCGUUCGGGCCCGGCACCAUGAUCAUCACGCUGGAGGAGACUGAGGAGGUUCCAGUGGGGAUAAUAGCUGGUGGGACGGUGGGCUCAACCAUCCUCCUGUUCAUCUUUCUGCUGGUCCUCGUUCUCAUCUUCUACCGACAGCGCAAAGGCAGUCGGCGCGGGGUCACGCUGGGUAAGCCCGACAUCAAGGUGGAGACGAUAAACAAGGAGACCCACAGCUUAGAGGAGGACUCCGGCAGCGUGUCCACGGCUUCGCGCAUGGUUAAGGCCAUGUACUCGUUUCUCCCCUCUGUGUCCUUCUCUCCCUCCAAUCAGCCCUUUAAGGAUGACAUAGAGCUCAAGUCCGACCUCCGCAGCGACACCCUGGACACCCGCCAGGAGUAUGAUCUAAAGGACCCCACUAAUGGCUACUACAAUGUCCGAGCCUCCACCCACGACGAAGGCCGCCCCGCCUCCCGCUCCACCAUGCACUACUCCGACUACCGUUCCCCCACUGGGACACCAGGGGGAGCUGCAUCAAUCAGCAGCAGCGCCGGCGGCUCGGGAGCCACGGCUAGCGGAGGAGCGCCCGGUCCACCAGGCCCCCUCACCUCCCCCGGCCGUCCGCAAGCCUGCUACGACCCUCGACCCCCGUCCAGACUCUCCCACAUCAGCUACGCCCAGUUCAACACCUUCACCCGCGGGGGCCAGAGCCAACAGCCUCCGCCCAACCCUCCCCCCGCAGCCAGCGACUUCCCAGGAGAAUGCAGCCUCCUGGACUCCACUUCCCAGCUGGCCUACGACAACUACGGAUACCCCUCCCAUUACCAGACCUACCGUAUGGGUUUCGCCCCGUCCAGCCUGGCCCCGCUGGAGGCAGGCCCGUCUUAUGAGAUGUACGGAGUGGGUCCCGGAGUGGGUCCCGGGGUUGGUCCCGGAGUGGGUCCCGGAGGUCCGCCUCCUUCGGGAUCAGAGACUGGACUAGGGAAGUACGGCAGCUCCACUCGCUUCUCCUACACCUCGCAACACUCUGACUACUCCCACAGCCGACACACACAGAGGAUGCAGACUCACGUGUGAGACGGAGAGAUGCAGAAAACACCUCACAGUCUUUAGCCGAGCAUGAGGAAGCAUCUUAUAAAUAGCGUCACACCUAAAAAAAAAAACACACGCAAUCACUGAUUUACACGCACACAUUUUUCACACACUGACACACCCUACUGAAAAACAAACACAACUACACGACACACAAAAAAAAAACAUCACACACACACACACCCAUGCACAGAGUCAGAAGACCAUGCCCAUGAGACAGGGAGGGUAUGAGAAACACAGAGGCACAGCGAGAGGAAAAAAGCGACGAGUGGAAGAGAAGGAAUCUUAGCGAGACAGGGAAGGGAAAUUCCACACAAUUUUGAAUUCCCUCACUCCCGAUGUGUUUGUAUAUCUGAGCUCUGAAAGAGCAGACGGCGCAAGUCACAAUCAAGACUGGGAAAGAGAGCAAGAACCAGAGAGAGGACGAGAGAUCACAGAUCUUUGGAGCCAAUAGCUUUUGCUAUGAAUUGACAUUGUAAAUGAUAAGAGAGAACGUCUUAAGACAAAACUGACUGACUGUCAAAUAUGGUACACGCUGAUCGGGAGAAAACCUCAACCAGUGGAAGUCAUUUCUGGCCGACAUUUUAACUUUUUUUUUUUUUUUUUUUGCUGGUUGUCUUAUUCA